UUGUGCCUCCGUGGACAAAUCACAAAAAAAUGAUGUACUAAUUUUUAAAGAAACUUUGAGUCUCUCUUCCUUGUAUGUCACUCUCUCCGUCGAAUUUCAACUUCUGCCACCGCUCUCUCUUGUUUGCAUUUGCAGACCUGUGGUCCUGGACACACUACAGUUUGGGAAGAUGAAGGGAGUGUUUUGGUUUCUAGUUGUAUCAGUGGUGGUUGCAACAUGGAUUCCUCUCGCACACUCGAAAAAACUGGCUGCGGUCGCUAGAAAGGAGGAUGUUCCUUACAUAAAGUGUCAAGUUUGUGAGAUACUCGCCAAACAGUUGUAUCAGCAAGUUCAGAACAAGCGAGCUGAGAUUUCUCCCAAAAAGAUUUCGGAAUACCAAAUCAUUGAGAUAGCAGAGAAUGUUUGCAAUCUGAAAAAAGUUGAAGCGGAUUGGAUAUUGCGUAUUGAUAUUGUAGAAAAAGAAGAUAGGUUGGAGCUGGUGGAACAUGACUCUGAAGGACAGUGCGAUUCUGAAUGCAAGACAAUUGAGCGUGCCUGUCAGGAUGUUAUGGGAUAUUAUGAUACUGACGUUGCUGAAUAUUUAUAUACAACCAAGCAUGAUAUUGACUCAUUGUUCAAUUAUCUAUGCAAAGACCUAAGCAAAGCAUGCAAUACCAAGCCACCCCCUGUCCCUAAGGAUAGGACUCCAGGUGAACCAUUUGUUCCAAAGUCUGCUAAGGAAGCUGAAAUGGAAAAGCUACUAAAAUCUAUGGAGGGCAUGCCAGGAGCACCCGGCAUGAAAAUGUACUCAAGAGAGGAUUUGAUGAAGCAAAAUUUUGGCGCUGAAAAUGAAGAUGAUGAGGAUGAGAGUGACGAUGAGGACGACGGCUUCCCUUCAAAAUUGGGAAACGUUUUGAGAUCAAAAGAAAAGGAAAAAGGUGACUGGAAGCAGAAAAUAAGAAAAACAAUUGUCGACACAAGCACUACGCUUAAGAAACAUGCAACCAAAGUUUCGUAUCGUUUACAACGGUGGUGGAAGGGAAAGAAGACAGCCUAUUCAAAGAAGAGUUCGAAAUCAGAGCUAUAGAGCUUCAUAAACUCACUCUACAUCUUCUGGUUCUGAAAGAUUUUCAAGGCAUUUCCCCAAUGUUUGGUUCAGGUACUACCACCCAAGAUAGAUUGAAAGUAGGAAUAUUUGGAAAGAAUCAAAUGAGAAUUUUACAAUGUCCACUUUGAGUGAUUCAUAUUCCAAUCAAGGAUUUUGUUAUCUACUUGUAUUUUAUUAGUGAGGCAAUUAUGUAUGAAGGUUAACCUACAGUGAUGAUUAAUGACAUUCUUUUUUCAAAGUUUUAACAAUCAAUUUACAGUGUUUC